CAGGUGGAGGUUCCGUCUGUGGAAAGGCCUGUCACGUCAAAACAUGGCCAUCUUCUCUAGGGUGACUGGAGCUAUAUCCAAUGACUUUGUCGCCAAAUUUCCUCAGCAUUUUAACUUCAUAGAAAUGCUGGAAUCUGUUUGUGAAGAGACGGGCACUCGGAUUGUGAACCAGGGGAACAGUAACUUUGAGAUAGUUGGUGACUGGUCCCAGAUGACAUUCGUCCAUAGUAUGCUGGAAAAUACUUUGGCUAUAUAUGGUGCAGUUGCCAUGGUAUCCAGUGCUUAUUCACCAGCAAAGGACCUAAAGAUUGCACAUAACAAACGUAUGAUGAGUCCAGACACAAACAUCAAUGAUCCAAGUUUACGGGAUGGGCAUGGUGUAAUGCGUGACCAAGCGGAUCUUGGGGAUCGAUCUUACACCUCGGGGAACCCAGCUGACCGUUACUACGACUCCAGGGUUGGGCCUUACACACCUGCCAACAAUGGCGAUCGUUUUUUUGACAACAGAAGCAGCCCCUACACACCAGGCACAGCAGGUAAUAGGAAUUUCGACAACCGUGGAUGGUAUUUAUACGCUAGUAACAUGACAGACCCCAGGACAGCCUCAUACAUGCCAACGAACAAUGGAGAUAAGUUUUACGAUUCCAGAGGUGGCCCUUACACACAUGGGUACAGUGGGGACAGACAUUAUGACCCGAGGAUGGGACCAUAUACACAAGGAAACAUGAUGGACAGACACUUUGACAAUAGGGAAAGAUCUUACACCCCAGCAAACAUAGUAGAUAGACCAUAUAAUUCAAAUGUAGGCCCCCAACCUGCCAAUAUGAACGACAAAAAUCCUAUGAAUGUCCCAGAUAGCUUAGAGCUUCCUCCCCUUGCUACUAGUUCAACACCAACAGGUGGCAAUACACCAUGUAUAGAAGGGACAAUCAAUAGACUAGAAACCUCUUCUAACAUUACAGGAGGAAAUCUUGUACCUCAAGGGGAGGUAACUCAAUCUAGCCACUGUUUACCAGGAAAGGAAUUAGUAACAAAUAUACUGAGCCAAAUAAGUGCAGUUCAGGAAGGCCCUGAUAGCCAAAGACCAACAACUUCCUCUCAGAUCACCGGAAAGGAGGAGAAACAGACAGAAGUGAAAAUCGAAAACGAACAAGAUGGAGCAGUGACAAAAAAAUCUCAGGAAACACCAAAUAAUACUAAGGACAAAAGGAUGUCAGAGACUGUUAGUGAACCGAUCAGUGAAUCUCAUCUUGAUACAAGUGACAAGCAAAGUCAAAAUAACAAAAGUGAGCCAGAUGAUGAUGAAGCAAAUUGUAAACCUAUUGAACCUCACCAUAGUGAUGCAGAUUAUCAUUUAGAUUCUGAUACGGAACAUUCAGCAGAUGUUGAGAAUUUUGAUUCGGAGGAAUCGGAAGAAAGUAUAUUCUCAGUAAAGGUAAAGAAAAGGAAGUACAAGAAAAGAAGAGUUGAAAGGCCACCUAAACGGUUCACUAAAAAGAAAAAAAGCAAAAUGCCUUUACUAAAAGAAGAAUAUCUAGAAGGAAAAAGAAAACGUGGUCGGCCGAAAAAGAAUACAGGCCCUGAUACCAAUAUAAAAUGUCCAGACUGUGAUUUCAUAGCAAAGGAUAGAAAAAGUUUGUAUGCACACAAUCGAAGAGCUCAUCUAAAUGUGGCCACAAACUGCAAUAUUUGCGGAAAAUUGUAUCCAAGUCUCUUUGAUAUGAAGAGACAUCGUAUAUUGAUUCAUAAUCCACCGAAAUAUAGUUGUGACAUUUGUGGCAAGAGGUAUAAAGUCAACACAAGUUUAAAACUUCAUAUAAAAUCUCAUGAACCCAACUAUGUAAAGCCUGUGUACCCUUGCUCAGUAUGUGAUAAAUCUUUUGCUAACCCAAGUCUUCUCCGAACUCACAUUCGACGGAAACACGAACCUGAGUCUGAGUUUGAACGGGAGGUGAGAGAGGUGAAGCACUUUUGUUAUAUUUGCCAUAAAACGUUUUCCUCGAAAGCAGCAUUGCAAGAACACACCAAAAUCAUCCACAUGAGAAUCUAUGACCACCAAUGUGAUCAGUGUGGUAAAGUGUUUGGGUAUGAGAAAUCUUUAGCCACACAUAAACUCAUUCACUCGUCGGCCAAGAACUUUGUAUGCAAAAUCUGUGGUAAGGCAUUCAAGCAGAAAUCAUGCAUGACCAUCCACCAGGCAAUUCAUUCAGAGAAGAAGUUUCUCUGUGGACACUGUGGCCGAGGUUUUACUCAGCGGCAAUCUCUUCGGCGCCAUGAAAUCAUCCACCGUGGAGAGAAGCCUUACUCCUGUAAGCUUUGUGGCCAGGCCUUUAACUCAAUCUCCACCAUACGUCGUCAUGUCAUCCUAGUACACAAGCUUCAAAAAGACUCGAGUGUGUGGCGUGAGGAUAUCAAUGUGGACACAGAACUCCUUGCCAGUAUUACAACGUGAUAUAUACAUGUAAUCAGUGUCAUAUUGACAUUCACAAUAUUAGCAUAUCACAUGCAUGCAUAUACAUCUCAUCAGCUUUAUCAACCUGUAUCCUGUGGUAUUCACAUUUCUGUAGACUAAUCAGCAUUAUAACAAAAUCUGUUUUGAAUCAGGAUUUAUUGUUAGCCAAGAUUGUUUUCUUGGACAAAUGUUCAGAAAGUAGGUGUGGUGUAAAAUCUGUACUUGUGUACAACCAGAAUUCAAACCAAUGUUCGCAUUACAUGAUUUUGUGUUCUGACAUAUAGUGCUUGUGUAAAAAUUGCUAUGAUCUUUGAGUCAACAUAUAGCCAGAUUGUUCCCAUACUUACAUAUGUAGCAUACCAAACUAACCCGACACUGAUUACUAAGGCAACAGGGCCAAAUUUUCUUGUCCCGGUACCAUGGAAAAAGGGUCAAAUUAUAUUGGUCCCAUGCCUAACAGGGCCAAUGGUUCCCUUACUGAAAGCAAAAUAGUCCUAAUACUGAGGUAACAUUGGGACAGAUUACAAUAGAUUAAACUUUGUGCUGAAUUGAGUAUAAUCCUUAUAUGGUAGUGAUGAAAGAAGUUUGGAUAUUUUGAAUAUGUAAAUUAUAAAUUCUAUGCAAUGUAAACAUGCAUAUAUUUUGUAUUUAUAUUGUUUAUUUUUUUGUAGUGUUACAACAUCAGAGAAAGCAUGUCAUAUUAAUUGGGAAUAGGUUGUCGCCUACAGGUAGUCAUCACGCAUGUAAACUUAAUUUUUGACUACAUGCAUUUCUAAUGUCACUGACUAUAUAUUCUAAUAUAUAGCUAUAGCUUGACCAAGAAAAUACUUAUCCAAUCGUUUACUGUACCUGGAACUCUCCACCUAUACAUGUACAUACAGUACAAUAUUUCUACAACAUAACCUUAACGUUUCUAACAUUUCCUUGUACUUUACCUUUGAUUUGGUCGUACAUUACCAUAGGAUGUAUCUAUGUGUGUAGCUCCAUUGUUUGUUUUACUAGUUAAAAAGCUCUUUGUUGACAUGCAUGAAAAAUAGAAACCAUUUAUUUUUUUGUAUUUAUAUAUAGGCAUAUAUGUUAUAUUGUGUAAACUUGAGAACUUUACAAUGAAUUAUAAUUUUUAUAAUGACUUUUUCUGAUUUUUUUACACAUCAGGAAGAGUAUACAUGGUAAAUGUAUUUAAUGUCCGUACAGAGAUUUUAUUUCCUGUGUGAUUAUAAUUACUAAUUUAGCACUUCCUGUUCCUAAUUUAUAGACAAUUCUAUUUACAAUGACACAUGUUAUGUAAUGGUUUAAUGAUUUGGUUGACAAACAGUCUGAGUAAUACAGGACUCUUAACUACCAGAAUAGGAGUAUCUGUAACAGUGUUACCAUAAAGCUUUUGGUGGAAUUCAUCAUUCGCUUUUUUGUCAUGAUUUUUUGGGAAAAGCUGGAAUCUGUCCCUUAAACAGAUGGAUGAAUUUAAACACUCGGGAUGGAAUUUAGGGUAACAAUUUUGAGUUGUUUUUGAUACUGUAUAAAAUGAAACGUUUGUGGUAUAUAACCUUUUGUCGUUUUCAUGGAUAGUUGUUCGUUGUGUUUGAACUUUUGUUUUCAUGGUUGCUAUGGAACCGUGAAUAUUUAUUUUAUGUAUUAUUAGCUCACCUGCCCAAAGGGCAAGUGAGCUUAUGCCGUGAUGCGGCGUCCGGCUGUCCGUCCGGCGUCAACUUUUCCAUUCAA